CUCACUGUAGCUGAAAAAAUUCAAACUGUAUUUGAACUCCCUGAAACAGAGCCCUACCGCGGCGAAUUUGCAUGCUGGCUGGUCAGAUCUGUUCUACUUAAAGGAUACAUGUAUCUUACAUCAAAACACAUUUGCUUUUACGCUUCACUCUACAAAUCAACUCGUGAUAUCAAAUCCGGUUUCCUCAAAAAACGCACCACAGCUAAACUAUACAACACCAAUUGGUUUGUUCUCAAAGGCAACACGUUUUAUGCUUAUGGGAAUUCUACCGAGCUGUAUUAUCCUUUGUCAACAAUAAGUAUGAAAUCCAUAGUAAGUGUUUGUGUUUCUAAACUGAGCAAAACUGGGUUUAGAAUUCGCACGACAAGCAAAAAAUAUGCUUUUGAGGCGGACACGGAAACAUUGUGCAAUGAAUGGGUGGCGGCUUUACGCGCAGCUGUAUUUAGAUCGCAUAAUAUGGGUGACGAUGUUCGUGUAGUGUUUCCACUUUCCAGCAUAUCGGAAAUCUCAAUAGCAAAGUCUAUUGGGCUUGAUGACUCGCUGCGCAUCAAAAUUGUUGACUCGGAAUUUUUAAUUUCUGAAGAGUAUUAUUUUGCCUACUUCAAUGAUGCAAAUAGAGCGUGCGAUACUCUUAUUGCAUUAUGGGAAAGCGUAAGAAACGAAGCCAAACAUAACGUUGUUCGAAAACGUGUUAGUUUGUAUGAUACGACAGCAUUAACUGGUCUGCCAUCACAGCCAUUGGAUUCACAUGCUAAAUUGGGCAAACAAACAAAUGGCUUUUUGGGAACUACUAAUGACGAUAUGCCAGCAACUUCGAGUUCAUCGCUACUGCAGAGCGGAACGAGUUUGCCUGCUUUGUUUAGAAAAUCUAGCGUGGCUUCGCAGUUGGCAACCAAAGCUGAGAAUGGUAUAGCUAUUGGAUCAGUUUCUAAUUCACCACUAUCACGACCAAGCUUGCAUCAUCGAGCACAAACAGAUAUGAAUCUGUUUGACGAGGACAUAUCGACUUCGUAUAACCAAGCUGAUUCUGGAUCGAAUGGUGGACUAAAUUUGCCAUCAAGACAUCACAAAUCAAGCCACACUAAUUUGGAAAAACAACAAUCAAGCCUCACAAAUAUCAAUGGAUUACUCUCAUCUGGCGCUGUUGAAAGUCUUGACAAAGAGACUCCACCCUUUUUGUCCACACUCACUCCGGCUAAACCUGACAGCAGUAUACGUCGUAACUGGUGGGGUCAUCGCAAAACUAUUUCAGACGGUGCUGAUGCUUUUGGCCCUGCUUUUUCAACUUCGUUUAAUGUGUUGUCUAAACUAGAUCCAGGAGCCACUACAGCCUCACAACAGCAAAAAAUCCUUACGUUUCAUAAAGAUUUUUCCGUUCCGGAAACUGAAAUCCUUCACGCAACAUACUCAUGCUACCUUGAUCGAGUCAUUCUUCGUCUGGGAAAGAUUUAUAUCUCGGAUCAUUUUCUAUGCUUCAAGUCAAAGGUUGUUGGUGUUCGAGCCAAAGUCAUGGUUCCUCUAUCUGAGAUCAUCAAUAUUGAUAUAUCUAGAAAGUAUACAUCAUUGUACUAUGCUCUAGUAAUUACCACGCACACCCAAGAAGAAAUUAAAUUUGAUUUCCAGUCGUUUGAAUCACGCAAGAAAAUCUACAAUGUCCUACAUAAGCUGCUGUAUACCUCUUCCAACAAAGUGGAGCCAAAUAAUGAUGAGCUGAGCGCACAUGAGCAAAAGGCUGCGUUAUUAAAAGACAUUUCAUUGUCAGAAACCCACGUAAAAUCGGUAUUUAGUCAAUACGAGAUUGCCUAUAUUCCACCCAUUCUUGAUCCUGAGCGACCCAUAAAACUAUCAGAAAAAAUGCAUAUUACUUGCUUGACAAUUGGUACUCGAGGAGAUGUUCAGCCUUACAUUGCUCUCUGCAAAGCCUUUAUGGCUGAUGGCCAUACAUGUAGACUUGCGACGCAUUUAGAGUAUCAGGAUUGGAUCGAGGGAUUCGGUAUUGAAUUCCGACCUGUAAUGGGAAAUCCAGCUGAGCUCAUGCAGCUCUGUGUUGACAACGGCUUAUUUACAGUUUCCUUUAUUCGCGAAGCAAUGGGAAAGUUUCGUGGAUGGGUUGAUGAACUUUUGCUUUCCUGUUGGGAUGCAGUUCAAGGAACAGAUCUUUUAAUCGAAAGUCCUACUGCAAUGGGCGGGAUCCACUGUGCAGAAAAGAUGCAAAUUCCUUACUUUUCUGCGUUUCCAAUGCCCUGGACACGCACAAAAAUAUAUCCACAUCCUUUUGCAGUACCAGAGUACCAUCUUGGCUAUGGGUACAAUUUGAUGACACAUGCAUUGAUUGAGCAUAUAUUCCAAAAAGGGGUUGCGCCGCAAGUGAACAGAUGGAGACGACAGUCGCUGGAUAUGCCUACAAUGAAUCUAGGACUUUUAUCGGAACAUAAAAUGCCAUUCUUGUAUAGCUUUAGUCCAUCGGUUGUUCCUCCUCCACCAGACUGGCAAGACUGGAUUCAUACGUGCGGAUAUUGGUUUUUAGACAAUCCAGAACAUGGUUGGGAAGCACCUGCAUCCUUGACAAAGUUUAUGGAAAAUGGAGCCAAACCCAUAUACAUUGGGUUUGGAUCCAUUGUCGUGCCAGAUCCAGACGCAUUAACAAGAACCAUUAUCGAAGCUGUGAAAAAAGCUGGGGUGCGAGCCAUUUUAUCCAAAGGUUGGUCAGUACGCCUAGCAAAAGACUCGGCCACGGCUGGUCAGACAGAAACACCGAUUGAGUAUCCUGAUUGUAUAUAUCCAUUGGAUAAGGUACCUCAUGAUUGGCUGUUUCCAUUGAUGGCUGGUGUGGUGCAUCAUGGUGGUGCGGGCACUACAGCAGCAGGAAUUCGUGCAGGUGCACCAACACUCAUCUAUCCCUUUUUCGGCGACCAAUACUUUUGGGCAGAUCGAGUUCAGGAUUUGGGAGUAGGACUAUCCAUACGCAAACUCACAGUAGAUAAACUUGCAUCCGCUCUGGUGACGCUUACUACAGAUCACAAGAUGCGUGAAAGGUCAGCAUUGUUGGGUGAGCGUGUUCGCUGUGAAAGCGGUGCAGCGAAUGCCGUGCAGUAUGUAUACAGAGAUUUAGAGUUUGCCAAGCAGAGGAUA